AUUGGUGCGCCACUACCGACGUUCUAUAAUAUAAAUAGAUUGCGUGCGGCGAUGCGAGUCACUUCUCGAAGUUCCGUUUUGGCGAUUGUUUAUACGGCACUUUACGAUACUGUGAAGAAUCAUGCCACCGAAAGCGAGCGGCAAAGCUGUGAAGAAAGCCGGAAAGGCUCAGAAGAACAUCAGCAAGACCGACAAGAAAAAGAAGAGGAAGAGGAAGGAGAGCUACGCUAUCUAUAUCUAUAAAGUAUUGAAGCAAGUACAUCCUGACACCGGAAUCUCCAGCAAAGCUAUGAGCAUAAUGAAUAGCUUUGUCAAUGAUGUCUUUGAGCGUAUCGCUGCUGAGGCAUCGCGUUUGGCUCAUUACAAUAAACGAUCCACCAUCACCUCCCGGGAGAUCCAAACCGCUGUCAGGCUUUUGCUGCCAGGAGAAUUGGCGAAGCACGCUGUGAGUGAAGGCACCAAGGCUGUCACCAAGUACACCAGCUCCAAGUGAAUCACUCCUCCCAAGACCAACGGCCCUUAUCAGGGCCACAAAUUCUUUCAUACGUUUGGCAUUCUCACAGUUCCAAUUGAAACAGUAGUUCAAAUAUUAAAAGACUUAUAUUUGUAUAUGGAAAUGAAAUAAACAUGUAUAUCAUUCUAGAAGAAUAGAAGUAUUAAAUUGUAAAUAGU